CCUUCACAUUUCAACCACACAAAACCCCUCACUGUCCCAUCCCCCGAUUUCCCACCACAUUUCCAAUUCCACACUUCUAUAAGCUAUAACCCCAAAAACUUAAAAUCCCAACAGAUAUAUAUUCUUUUUUAAAAAAAUCCUAUACUCAACCGCCGGAACUUCAUCGACGGCAAUGGGGUGCACCUCUUCCAAGCGAAUUGAGGCCACCGUCGACGUGUACCGUCCGGCGCCAGCCAGCUUUGCGGUUUUUGACAUAAACGCCAUAGAGGAACCUUGGGUUAAAGUCAUGGAGGAGUUACCGCCACCACCUGAGGAGCCUCCUGUGAAGGAGGAGAAAUCGGCUAUUGUUCCGGUUCCGAUUUUGGAGAAGCUUAGUAGUUUCGAGUCGGAAGCUCCUCAUUCAUGGGAUGAGGUUAGUAAAGCCCUUGAAGACCUUAAACCUGCUCUCCGCUCUGUUACAGAACCACCCCCGACAAAUCCCCUUGCUGUCACCGCCGCAACUCCCGCCGUUGUAGUUGCUAAACAACCCCCACGUAAGAGCUCGAGUUUCCACACGGUAGCAGAGCUUGACGCCAAGUUAUCGCCUUCCUCCAAGCCGACCGCCGAAUCUAAGACUGCUGGGUUGAGGAAAACGGCUACUUUUAGACCCGGACCGGAGAAGCCGGAGCAAAGAACCGGCGACCCGGACCGGUUCAAGUCGGUUAAAGAGAACAUAUUUCUCGUGAGGGAUAGAGAGGAGAGAGAAAGAGAGGGGCAGAAACCGGUUCGAUUCGACCCGCUGAGUGAGUUUCCGGAGAAGUGCCCGCCAGGAGGGGCGGAGACGGUGGUUCUGUAUACGACGUCGUUGAGGGGCGUACGGCGGACGUUUGAGGAUUGUAACAGAGUGAAGUCGGUGCUGGAGUUGCAGCAGGUGGUCGUCGACGAGCGUGAUGUGGCGUUGCACGGCGAGUUUUUGAAGGAGCUUAAGGAGUUGCUCGGAGACGAGGCGACGGUACCGAAAAUGUUUGUGAAGGGAAGAUAUAUCGGAGGGGCAGAUGAGGUGGUGGCACUAAACGAAAUGGGAAAGCUUCGAAGAAUACUACGUCGGGCAGCAGUGGAGACGGGAGCAGGUCGUCAGGGGUGUGAAGGAUGCGGGGGAGCGAGGUUUGUGCCAUGUUAUGAAUGUGGAGGGAGCUGUAAAGUGAUAAAAGGGGACACAAAGGAGAGAUGUGGAGCAUGCAAUGAGAAUGGUUUGGCUCACUGCCCUGCCUGUCAUUGAAACUAUCUUUGAUGCCAUCAUAGAAUAAUGGAAUUUGAAUUGCAUUUUUAUACUCUUGGUUUGUUGUUCUAUGUCACUUAUACUUAAAAAGUGAUUGUGGGAUUAGGGUGUUUGGAUGAAGGGAAAAUGAAAGAAAACUGAAAAUAGAGGAUGGAGGAAAUUAUACAAAUGAUCAAUUUUAUGCGAUGGGAUCAUGUGAUCUUCUUUUGUUAGGCUAUUGUAAAAAAUUUCAACACUUGUUUAUAUGGUUUCAAGUAAGAAUUGGUUUUUUCUUGAUU